CUCUCUCUCUCUCUCACUCACUCCUGUAGGGGCAGGGUUCCUUAAUUCUCACACACACACAUCUCCCUCUCUCUCCCCUCCUCUCAGUAUCUCUCCUCCUCCAUCCCUCUGUCUCCCUUCUGCAUAUCCCUCGCCUCCACCUCUACAUCAGGCAGGGAGUGGACUCCAGCAGCCUCAUCCCAGUGACAAGGACCUGUCCCCAGCUAGCAGUGUUACCCAGCAGCUCCAGAGAAGUCUCAAGAGAUGUCAUACACCUGAGCUGCCUCAGUAAUGAGGUCUAAGGAGGGAAAUGUGAUACUCAGUAUGUGCCUAUUGUAUUACCAUGCGUACAAGAAGCACUUCUCCCCGUGUCUACAGGCAGAACCUGCUGGGAAGAUACAAAUAUGAAAUGAGCUGUCAGACUGAAGAGACCGGUUGUCGCUACAGCAGGAAGGAGCUCGGUCUUUUAUCUGGGUUACGUUGUAAUUAAAUGGCUGACAAACAAAUCAGUUUGCCCGCCAAGCUUCUAAAUGGAGGAAUAGCUGGAUUAAUUGGCGUUACCUGUGUCUUUCCCAUUGACUUGGCCAAGACUCGACUACAAAACCAGCAAGAUGGACAGAGAAUGUACAAGAGCAUGUCGGACUGCCUUAUUAAAAUCAUACGCACAGAAGGAUACUUCGGCAUGUAUAGAGGUGCGGCUGUUAAUUUAACCCUUGUGACACCAGAGAAGGCUAUAAAGUUAGCAGCUAAUGAUUUCUUCAGACAAGCUCUUUCCAAAGAUGGGAAGAAGCUGACACUGAUUAAGGAGAUGCUGGCUGGCUGUGGUGCUGGAACAUGUCAAGUCAUUGUCACCACCCCUAUGGAGAUGUUGAAAAUCCAGCUGCAAGAUGCUGGAAGGCUGGCUGCCCAGAGAAAGCUUAUGGCCAGCCAGGCAGGACUGAACGGCACAAUAGCUGAGCCCAACCCAACGCGGCCCACAGCCAUGGCAAUUUCACGGGAACUGCUGAGGAGCAAAGGCAUUGCUGGACUGUACAAAGGCCUGGGAGCCACUCUGCUAAGGGAUGUGCCCUUUUCCAUUAUAUAUUUCCCUCUCUUUGCCAACUUGAACAAACUUGGGCAGAAGACUCCGGAUGAGAAGUCUCCGUUCUUUGUGUCAUUCCUCGCGGGCUGCGCUGCGGGAAGCAUUGCUGCUGUCGCUGUUAACCCCUGUGAUGUGAUCAAAACACGAUUGCAGUCGUUACAGCGAGGUAUAAAUGAGGAUACAUACUCAGGAAUCAUAGACUGUGCCAAGAAGGUCUUGAAGAGCGAGGGACCCACUGCUUUCUUUAAGGGUGCAUACUGCCGAGCCCUAGUCAUUGCUCCACUCUUUGGCAUUGCGCAAGUUGUAUAUUUCAUAGGAAUUGGUGAAUUCCUUCUGGGAUAUUUACCCUCCAAACGCAAUUAAUGACAACCACAGAAUUUCACCUUUUUCUAGUGACAUCCUAACUUUGGCACAUCUUGCCACACUUAUCCCUUGUGUGGACACUUCCUACCCCAGCCUAUUUAUUGGUUGGGGUAUUACAAGCUGGAAGACACUUCUUGCACCAGUGCUGUGUUAUGAUCCAAAAGUGUUCUGGUCAUCUGCAGAACCCUUCAGUAAGUUAAGUAGCUUUCCAUACUUGCUGGCCAGAAACAAUAAUUAUCUAGAUGUGCUAGAAAGCUACGGUACAAAAGAAUCUGCUUGGGGCAAAUGUAACUCUCAUCUUACUAGAGCAGGUUAUAUUUUUAUGCUGAUAAAGGGCCUUGUUCCUGAAAUUACAAUCGUAUCAUUAAUGUUUACCCAACUGUAUGGACCUACUGUCGUUUGUUGGCCAUGUCCACAUUUAUAGAAUGUUUAUUUAUUUGAGGUUUUAGAUGUGAGUAGACUUUUCUGCAUCUAUUGCAGAUUUCAAGUAUCCGAGUACUGAAUACGGUUUUAUAUGUGCUAGGCUCACUUUAAUUUCCAGAUUACCCCAAAGGAAAGAUACCGCACAUAUUCCAUAUACUUGCUGUCAAACCUUUUUAAAAGAAGCUAUGAGUACUCAAACCAAAGUGAGAUAAUGAUAUUAUAUCUGAUUUGUUUGUCCUUUACAAAAAUACAUCACAUUUUGCAGGUAUGUGCAUAUCAUAGCAUAACCCAAAAUGAAUGAUUCUCUGAAUCACCUACUGUUCUGACAUUCCAAUAAGAACUUUAACUUAUUUGAACGAAAAAAAAACCAAAACUUUGUUUUAGGUCAGUGGUUCUCAAACUGUGUGCCGUGGCAUCCUGGGGUACCUUGGGACACUUGCAGUGGUGCCUUGGAUUGGUGGUUUAGGACCAAUUCAAAUUAUUUAUGGUCAAUGUAACAGGCAAAACCAGUUCUGGUGGCUGCCAAUCAUAAUAUAUGUGGACACACAGAAGCAAAUCUUGCCUCUCAUCACUCAAUUGAACCUAAGGAUGACAUAUAAACACAAUUUAGUUAAUUUAAUAUUUAUGUCUAAUUUUCUCAAUAAGAAACUGUUGGCCUAGGGAUGCCAUUAAAAAAAAUUUUAUACUCUAGGGCGCCGUGAUUCAAAAACGUUUGUGAACCACUGUUUUAGGUAAUUAAUCGGCUUACACAAUAAUAUCUAAAAGUUGGAUUUACUUGGUGCCGUGGAACACUUUAGUAGUACUUUCUAAACUCUUAUGUGCAUUGCGGGUGUUUCUGUAUACAUGUGUAUAUUAUAGGCAGUGUAUACAAAUUCCAUCAUUUGGCUAAGCCGGCCUCAAAUCCCAGUUUUCUUUUCUUAUUUUUGUUUGAUCUGCUGUCAAAUACAUGUAUGCAUUUCCAUCUGAAAUACUGGAAAGUCACGGAUGUGCAAUUUUCCGGUGUAUCAGAGACGCGACAUGUCUGAAUGAGCACUACGUAGAAUCAGAAGUGCAUUUAUUAUUAAAUACAUAGUAAUGCACAAUUGUAUUUAUUUAUCACAACAAAUUAGAAAUGUCAACCUUAUUUCUAAAAUAUGCUUAAAUCAGGAUAUAUACCUUUUAAUGUCACCCCUCCAUCCUUCCCCUGAGAACAUUUGUAGGAGAAUAUUAUUUGAGUGUGUACGUGCUGAAUAUGUACUUUUGUUAAAGGUUUAUGGCUCACAGACAUGCGACCCUUCUCAAACUAUCAGCAACUUUGCCUUAUAGAAAAUUGUUUUAUAUUGGAAAUACAUUGGACACAACAAUGCACAAGUGAUACUCAGAAAGCCAUUUGAACUGAAUGACUCCUUACAGCCUUAUUAAAGUUAUUUUCUAAUUGUUACCAGAAUAUUAUCACUAUGCACUUUCAGCAUUAUUUGGUGCGGGAAAAAUAACACACUUUAAAACCAUAACUAAUUAAACAUGGUUAGUCUAAAUGUUACUUUCAGGUGUAUAUAUGCCUCUAUGUUUGAAUGAAGGUGGGUUUCUUUUGAAAGAGUUUAUCCACGACGCUGAUAUAUAAUGUUACUUUGUAGCUACUGUAUAUAUUACUCUAUUUCAAAUUUCAGCUAACCAUGUAAUCUUCGCCUCUCAAUUAUACAAAAUACAGUUCCAAAAAAUUUUUUUAUGUCCAGGUGGCCUUUUUUUGUGGACACUCUAGGUAUGCUCCUAAAACUCAUCCUUAGUUUCCAGUCUCCUGGAUGUGAGAAGAUAUAUACUGCAGGGCUUUAUUUACAAAGCAUAAGCGCCACCUAAUGGCGGGUAGGAGGUGAACAUUUAAACUGGCACUCACAGUCAGUGUAACAGCUGGCGCGCUUUACACUGACUGCGAGUGCCGUUUUUAAAUGUUCAUCUGUCAUUUCAUAGACUCUUCUAGAUAAAUGACACAUACUGCUUGGUUGCUUUGAGUAAACUCCCCCACUUAAUCUUCCCCUGCAUAGAUAUUUUACUGGAAAACUAUGGCCCAGAUGUAUUAAGCCUUAAUAAGUGAUAAAGUGGAGAUGGAUAAAGGGGGAUAUCCAGUUAGCCCCGGUAAAUUACCAGGGCUAAUUGUCCCGCCGGGGGCUAGCUAAUUAGCCCCGAUAAGCCGCGGCACGCGCCGGCUUAUAAGGGAUUUUGUUUCACCUGCCUCUGGCAGGCGAAGCAGAAUCCCUGGAAACACUAAACCUGCGUGUUUUCGGGAGAAGGGUUUUUUUUUGUUUUUUUUUACAGGCGAUCCAUCUGGAUAGCCUGUAAAAAAAAAAAAUCGGUGAAACAUUGGAAAAAAGUCCAAAAAAUGUUUUACCGGGGAUAAUUGGAUAUCUCCCAAAGAGUGAUAAAUGACCAGCCAAUCAGCUUCCUACUGCCCUGUAACAGGUUGUGUUUGAAAAAUGACAGGAGCUGGUUGGCUGGUACUUUAUCACUCUUCAUCAGUCUCCACUUUAAGACUUGUUAAGGCUUAACACAUUUAGGGGUCUAUUCAUGAAGCAGUGAAAAGUGUGGAGAAGUGAGUCAGUGGAGAAGUUGCCAAUGGCAACCAAUCAGUAUUGAAGUAACAUUUACAAUUUGCAUAUUAUGACAUUAUACAGAGCAGCUGAUUGGUUGCCAUGGGCAACUUCUCCACUGGCUCACUUCUCCACUCUUUUCACUGCAUCAUGAAUAGACCCCUUAGAGGUCUAUUCAUGAAGCAGUGAAAAGUGUGGAGAAGUGAUCCAGUGGAGAAGUUGCCCAUGGCAUUGUAAAUGUUUCCUCAACACUGAUUGGUUGCCAUAGGCAACUUCGCCACUGGCUCACUUCUCCACACUUUUCACUGCUUCAUGAAUAGACCUCUCGGGCCUUUGUUCUAUGAUUGGGCGCAGUGCUAUAUAUGUACAGUCUACCAGAGUUUCCAUAAUCCAUUCAGUUACUUUGGCAUAGCGAACUCAUCAGCGAAGUCUGUAGAAACGGACCACACUAUUUUUGUGCACCUUAAGGAUUAACAUUGCAGUGCUCCAUUUUAGUGCUGUAUUUGUACAGAGAUUUAGGGGGAGGUGUGACAAACCUAAAGUGUGGAGAAGUUGUCCGUAGCAUUUUAUAGAAUGUACUUGAUAGAUGCUAGCUAGAAGCUAUCUCCCCUUCGUCCUCUUCUCCACUCUAUAGAAGGAGCAAUACAUUUCCCUAGAAAUCUUUUACGUCUAGAGAUUAUAGACUUUUCCAUUAUUCUACCAUUUUCUAUUACACAAAUGUAAAAAAAAAUCUGUGAGCAAAUACGUACAAAAAGUAAGAAUUUAAAAACACAGGGCAAAUGUUUGUAUUUAAACUCAACAUCUCUACAUGUAACCAGCUGUUAGACUUGUCCUAAAGAGGACCAAAGCUGCUUUUGACCAUGAAUUGUAUUGAGUGCUGCCAGUUCUGUACUAAAAUACCAGCCUUCCAAUCUCUUAGUUUCUACAUUGUUGUUUCCCACUUCUACUGGCCUGGCGGUGGCAAUAUUUGUAGUGACAUGUCACUGUUAUAUAUGUCAAAACAGAUCACUCGUUGUAUACAGAAAGUGCUUGGAGGCCACUGUCCUACAGAUCACUACUUAUCUGAGUAUUCAGAUUUUAUCCCCGUUGUGCAGCGCAGAGUAACUUUAUAAACUGCGGGAUGCCAUUGCCACCAGGUGGUAAAAUUACAACCUGACAGCUGCUAGUCCCUAUAUAAUGCUGGGAACUAUAAUGAGUAGUGUUUAAUGUAGAACACUGUGCAUAUGAAGCAAUGCCCUUCCUUCUCUCUCCCCCUGAAACCUCAGUGACAUAAUCACUGGGUUUCCAUUAAGGAGAUACAGGGGGCGAUUCAUACCUGAUCACUGGGCUGCUAACUUUGCUGUCCUGCAUUCAGAUAGUCGGCGCCCAAGGAGGAGUGGAAAUUCGCAGUGCAAGUGUGCGAUCGCAUGUGUACACCGAGCUGCAAAAAUCCAGUGUGUGCAGUCUCUGUGCAGCCCAGGACUUACUCCUAUAGUGCGAUCAGAAUGGGCUGAUCGGGGCCGGAGCCGACGAAAGACACCCUCCCUGAAAACGAUUGGGAACGCCUGCGGUUUUCCGGACACUCCCAGUAGACGGUCAGUUACCACCCACAUACGGCCUCUUCCUGUCAAUCACCUUGCGAUCGCCCGUGCAAAUGAAAUUUUCGCACAAUCCUGUUGCUGAUCGGCGAUGCCCGUUGUUGUUGGCCGACCUGCGUGCGCAUUGCGGUGCAUGCGCAGUCUAUUGCUGAUCGCCCGCUGAGCGAAAACGCACAGCAGCAAUCAGGUCUGAAUCACCCCCACAGCUCUUUCUUCUCAUAAAACCCAGAAGACCCAGGCACUUUACCCAUACUUUUAGAGCAUGUAUUAACAUGCUUUAACAUGAGCUUAGAUGUCAUUGACAUCUAAACUAAUGUUUUUGCUUAAAAGUAUCCCGCGAACGAAAUAAAAAUUAAAAUAAAUAAAUGUGUUCAAAAAAUUUGGAAAUAUAGUAAAAUACACACCAUUUCUAUUUCAUAUUUAUUAUGACACUCAUCAGUCAGCCUAAUCUGUGAUAGAAUAACCAUAUUAGUUAUAGAUAUAAACGUUACAAGUUGUAGAUUAUAUUUAGCUGCGUGAUGUGGCAUAUAAGUGCAUAUUUUUCCCUAUUUUUUUCUAAUUAUUGACCAUAAUAUCAAAAUAAAUAAAUACAUUUAUGCCACCCUGCUACCAAAAUGAAGUACGAUUCAUCCCGGAAGUAAAGAGAAAUGUAAAACUCACUUGGGUGUACUAGUAUAUAAAUAAAAGUUGUCCCUGAUGAAAGUGACUUAUUCAGGAAAUGUGAAAAGCAGUUUGGUCAUACGGGCUAAAGCACUUGUGAUCGUAAAGGGGUUAAAUGCACUAUCCACUUAGUUGUCUUUCUGUGGCUUCUCUGUGUAAUUGCAGACUUAUGUUGUUACUUGCAAAGUUUGUGGUCUUUCAUGUGAAUCAGUAGAGUGUUCUGUCUGUCAGUAGAGACCAUUACUUGGCUCCUUCUAAUGCACUUGGUGUACUGUUGUAACACUUAUUGCUAGCUGUUCUUAAUUUGCACCAAUGUAUUUUAGUGCUUUACACUGGGUAUCUAGUGAUGUCACUAGACAGUGUCACUAGACAAUGGUAUUGCUCUUGGUGGAAUCCUGAAUUCAAUGCAUUCCAUUUGCAUUUUGGCAUUUUUUUCAUUGGUAUUACCCUGUUUAAAUAUGAACACUUUCUCGUUUACUUUUGUGACUGUUCCUUUUCUCUUUCGUCUUGUCAUCCAUAAUUUUGUGAAAAGUAUUGUACUUAAAACGGACAAUGAAAUGUCAUUGAAAUGCUGCUUUAAAAACAAUAAAGAAAUGUUAUUUUAAAAAUGUUUUAAAUAAAAACAAUCAUUUGGUUUGAUGUAAUGUACAAUAAAGCUAAAUGACAAUGCUGUUUUCUCAA